AUGGCCGAGUCUCCACUGUACCCGUCGAGGCCCAUCCAUACCAACGAUCUCAUCAGCCGCUUGACCAGCUCCGACUGUGACUCAAAGGAAAGGAAAGCGUUAGAGGCGCUGGCCACAACGAUGAUCGAAAUAUUUAAGGAUGAUCGUAAAUUGCUGUAUGUGCCAGAAGUUGUGGAGCUAUCAUCCGCAGUUACAAGGAGAGAAUAUCUCGACGUGGUGGUGGCAUUCUCCAAUGCUAUUAUCGAUGGCACGUCCGACGGCAAUAUACUCGACGAGAAGCUCCUUACAAAUUACGCUUACGUCCUCCGGCGGGCUAACGGCUCUCUGCCGCCAGCAACCGCCGGACUCGGAUCAGUCUUAGUGAGCCUACAAAAACGACUGAAUGAGGUCAUAAAACAAGCUGGGAGUGGAACGCAAUAUCAGCUGCAGCUGGUGUGUACACUGUCCGUUAUCCUUGAUGCUAUGGUAGACCUCAAGAUCUAUGGUCUUGACCGGGUAGACUUGCACGAACCGUUACAAGCACAGCUCAAGACGUUGACGGAUCAUCAAGAGCUUCGCCUCGCCCAAGCUGCCACUUAUGCUCGCGAAGCCCUGCUAGGUCUGCCGAACAACGAGAGUUCCUAUCAUGCAUUCCUACGUCAUGCUCAUAAAGUUGCGCAAGGUGUGCUGGGGGUGGCGAGCGUAGUUCCAACCAUGGAUCCGGCAAGACUGAUGGAUGCGGUUCCGGACCUGAUGAAAGUGCCAGAUCUCAUCAAAUCCGUGGGCGAUAUCGCGUCCGAUCUGUACAGCAUAUACGAUGGGGUAGGAAGCAUGGCAAUGGGCAUGAAACGUGUACCUAAGCCGAAGAACUGGUACGUGGCUCUUCGGUAUACAGAUAUGCUGAUCCGGUCUGCGGCAUGGCAAAAGCUUGAGGAGUUUACCCGGGGAGUACCAUGUCGUCGGGAAGAGGCAUUCUUGUGUGGCUUGUAUGCUCAGCUCGAGCAGGCCUGGGUGACUGGAGAUUCAUCAGUCAGAGACCGAGUCGUUGACUCAAUUCAAAGUACCAUUCCUCUAGUAGGACGAAAACACCAAUCUGCGCAGGAAUGGGUCAGGCUGGUUGCUGACACGGUUGGUCAGCCAGGUUGGAAAGACACUCUCCCAAGCAACCAACACAGGCUCAGGUUUCGGAAGAACAAAGAUUACGAACCCAAACUGAAGGCGUUUCUUAGAGAAACAGGGAAGACUGACAAUCUCUCUACGCACUUGUUAGAGAGAGCAUGGUUGAAGUGUGACGAAGCCCAGAGAUUCUAUGCUGAUGCUGGGCUAUGCAAAUAUUACACUCAGGGAGGGCGACUCGAGAUCAAACGGCUCUCUGGGGAAUUACUAGAUAUGGACCGAUGUUACAUCAACCUCGCGAUAAUAGUACAGUCACAGGAUGAUGUUAAAAGGCAGUUUGGCAAUAAGAAGAUGGAACAGCAGCCUUCCGUGUUCACGCUCUUCACCCGCCUGAAGGUUGAGGCGAGCAACACGGAAGCGGAGGUGAAAUUGCGUGAUCUAUUUAAGGACCGGAAAAGUCCAGGCGGCACUAUAUCCCGGCCAAAGCGGAUCUUAAUUCGAGGACGUGCCGGAGUGGGAAAAACCACCCUAUGCAAAAAGAUCGUUCAUGAUUUUCUACAUGACAAAUUGUGGGGAGAACUUUUUGACCGCAUCUUUUGGAUACCUCUGCGAAGUCUCAAGGGAAAAUCAAGCUUGGAGGAAUUACUUCCCUAUGAAUAUUUCUCCACGCAACAGGAGCCCGAGUGGUUCGUUCAAGCACUAUGGAGAGCUUUAGGUGAUGAAACUGACGAGAGAACCUUGUUGCUACUGGAUGGUCUCGAUGAAAUUUCCGGGGAACGGAAUAUCUCCGGAACGGAACUUACCGAAAAGUUCAGGGGGCUGUUAAACCGACGUAAUGUGAUCAUUACCUCUCGGCCAUAUGCAGUCAAUCUACCGGGCCUUACUCUCUUUGACCUGGAACUGGAAACUAUUGGAUUUCACAGAGACCAAGUGCAGGCCUAUUUAACGAGGGUUGUGGACAAAGCUAAGGCAGAAGCCAUCCGGUCUUUUAUCCAGAGUCAUUGGCUUAUUCAGGGAUUGGUUCAAAUUCCGAUCCAACUUGAUGCAUUAUGCUAUAGCUGGGAUAGCGGUCUGCGUGGUGUGCCAGAGACUAUGACAGCACUCUACCAAGCCAUCGAGUUAAAGUUGUGGAUGAAAGAUAUCUUGCAAUUGGGGAAAACUGAAGCUCCAGUCGAAAAAUUGCAUACCCGUCCGCAAAUCAAGCAUUGGGUUGAGAAAGAAAUCGAAUUGGUCGAAGUCUUCGCUUUUACUGGUCUUUACAAUGACAUUAUCGAGUUUGAUAUAGACAAACGGAGUACGAUAUAUGAACAACCUAGCCUUCGCAGCAUGUCAGAUGAUGAACUGGACCGACUCUCCUUUCUACGCACAUCGGACCCUACCUCAGAAAGCAAGUAUCGGGUUUAUCAUUUUAUUCAUUUAACCUUUCAGGAAUACUUUGCAGCACAGUAUUUUGUACGACAUUGGAUGACUCGAAAACCCCUUCAGUGUUUCACAUUCCGCUUUCAGAAGAGUACGGUACAGUGUACUGCAGAAAGGUUCCUUCAACAAGAAAAAUACAGCGGACGCUACGAUGUCUUUUGGCGAUUUGUAGCGGGGUUGCUCCAGAGCCAAGGUGAAGAGCAACUGCGUAGGUUCUUUGAAAUGAUGGAGGAUGGACCGUACGACUUCUUGGGCCUCGCACAUCAACGGAUCCUCAUGCAUUGCUUCGGUGAAGUGCCUCCAAACUCCGGCUUGGAGAAUAUCCGAACCGGGAUGGAGGCGCAGUUGAAACAGUGGGCACUUUUUGAAUACAAGCUUCGGGGACAAAUGACAUUGUGCCGUGAAAUGGAGUUUCCCGACAGUGUCUUGAUCACUCUAAUGAAUGAAGAGCCAGAACAUAUGAGGAGUGCUAUCCUACGAUCUCUGCUGAAUCGAUCAAACUUCUCGUCUUGCCUCCUAAGCCAGGUAGCAUCUCUUCUGGGACAGAAUAUUUCCACCGGGCUGGAAAGCUUGGUUAUUGCUGCCUUACGCAAUCAAACGGCUUUGUCAGAGGAUAUUCUCCAAGCUAUAGUGCGUCGACUGGAGCAUUCUGAUAGUUCUGUAAGGCGGUCCGCCAUUAGUGCUUUAGGCACGCAAACCGCUUUAUCAGAGGACAUUCUCCAAGCUAUAGUGCGUCGACUGGAGCAUUCUGAUAGUUCUGUAAGGCGGUCCGCCAUUGAUGCUUUAGGCACGCAAACCGCUUUAUCAGAGGACAUUCUCCAAGCUAUAGUGCGUCGACUGGAGGAUUCUGAUAGUUCUGUAAGGGAGUCCGCCAUUGAUACUUUAGGCAAGCGAACCGCUUUAUCAGAGGACAUUCUCCAAGCUAUAGUGCGUCGACUGGAGGAUUCUGAUUUGUUUGUAAGACGGUCCGCCAUUGAUGCUUUAGGCAAGCAACCCACUUUAUCAGAGGAUAUUCUCCAAGCUAUAGUGCGUCGACUGGAGGAUUCUGAUAUAUGGGUAAGGCAGUCCGCCAUUGAUGCUUUAAGCAAGCGAACCGCUUUAUCAGAGGACAUUCUCCAAGCUAUAGCACGCAGACCGCUUUAUCAGAGGAUAUUCUCCGAGCUAUAG